UUUUUGAAAUCCUCUUUUCCAAAGGUGUCCAAACCAUAUAGAAGCAGAAAAUUUAACACGCAUCUCAGAAUUCCACCUCAUGACCCUCUCAGAGGAUCCGGACCUGCAGCCCAUCCUCUUUGGGCUAUUCCUGUCUGUGUACCUGGUCACGGUGCUCGGGAACCUGCUCAUCAUUCUGAUUAUCAGCUCUGCCUCCCACCUCCACACUCCCAUGUACUUCUUCCUCUCCAACCUGUCCUUCUCUGACAUCUGCUUCAUCUCCACUACGGUCCCCAAAAUGAUUGUGGGCAUCCAGUCUCAGAGCAGAGUCAUCUCCUAUGUGGGCUGCCUGACGCAGAUGUCUUUGUUUCUCAUUUUCAUAUGUUUGGAUGACAUGCUUCUGACUGUGAUGGCCUAUGACAGAUUUGUGGCCAUCUGCCACCCCCUGCGAUACCACAGCAUCAUGAACCAUCAUCUCUGUGGAUUUUUCAUUUUUGUGUCUUUUUUGUUUAGUCUUUUGAUCUCCCAGCUUCACAAUUUGAUUGCCUUACACUUUCCCUUCUUUAAGAAUACAGAAAUUGCUAAUUUCUUCUGUGACCCUUCUCAACUUCUUAAUCUUGUCUGUUCCAAUACUCUCAUGAAGAACCUAGUCAUGUAUUUUGUGGGUGCAAUCUCUGGUUUUCUUCCUCUUUCCGGGAUCAUUUUUUCUUACUGUAAAAUCGUUUCCUCUGUUCUGAGAAUCCCAUCAUCAGAGGGGAAAUAUAAAGCCUUCUCCACCUGUGGGUCUCACCUCUCAGUUGUUUGCUUAUUUUAUGGAACAGCCAUUGGGGUUUACCUUGCAUCUGCUGCAUCAAACUCUCCUAGACACAGUGCAAUAGCUUCUCUGAUGUACACAGUUUUCACCCCUAUGCUCAACCCCUUCAUCUACAGCCUGAGGAACAAGGACAUUAAACGUGCCCUUGGAAGGGUCCACAGCACCACCACAUGA